GGGGGGGGGAGUAUUAUCACGUGACUUCAGAGAAGCCCAGCUGGCUGUGUAACUUAGCUAUGUGUCAUUAUCGCUUCUCUAUGUUUAAUCCUGGACUACAAUGAACUGUGCCUGUGGAUAAUUAAACAUAACUUUGUGAAGACUUCGAUCAUUUCUCCAAUUCAGAAGACUGCUUAAAUGACUGACAGCAAUUGUUCAAGCAAGAUGCAGGGCAGUGAUGGAGAAAACGUCAUACUUCAACAGUGUGAGAGCUCAGAUGAUGAAGAUAACAGGAGGAUGAUGAGGAGAGAGAAGAACAGAGUUGCAGCCCAGAAGAGCAGAAAGAGACAGACACAGAGAGCAGAUGAGCUGCAUGAGGCGUAUGCUUGUCUGGAGCAGAGGAACCGGCAGCUGAAGAGGGAGGUGGCGUCUCUGUCGGAGGAGCAGCACCGCCUGCUGGAGCUCCUCCAGACUCAUGAGCCCUGCUGUCCCAUGAUGCACUGCUCCACUAACCUGGGGACAGGAGCCAGGGAUGUUACAGAGAGGCCCCUGAGUUUGAUCAAGACACCGACACUCACCAUCUCCCAUUGCUGACACAAGGACCAGGACACAGACACACAAUGUACCUUUUAGUUUAAGGUACCGUACAUCAGAUUGUGUUUUGGAUCAGUGAGUCGGACCCAGUUCAGUCGAUCCCCAAUGGAAAAACACUGAACUCAGUCUCCUUCUGUUUGGCUAUUGGCCAUGCUUCUUUAGUUCUGGUAAAUGUUUGAAAACCACAUCUCUCAUUGUGGGUGUUUUGGUUCACCGAGUUCGGUAGACCCUGGCUUUAUUAAAGUUAACUUCUCUUUUACUAGAAACAAGAUUCACACCCGUGACCAAUGAACCAUUUACUUUUGGUAGUCAUUGUUUUCCCUCGCAAUUAAUUUGUGUAACAAAACAGCUACAAAACUGCAUCUUCCAAAAUGAAAAAAUCAUGGCUUUGACUAUGAUUACAUGACUGAUGGUCAUGUAAUCUGAUGAAAGCAACAGAUGCAAAUACAUUAUUCCCAUUAAUUGCAGUACAAAUAUGUUUUACAUUUUGGUGGAUCCCUUCAGAUUUUUUUAACAACUUGUUCCCCCUUAGACUCUCUUCGAAAUGACACACAUCAUCAAGACCUUCAUAGUGUACAGUAUAUUCAAACGAUUAUGGAAACUUAACCUUAUUAAAAAGUGUUUUGAAGUACCGGUAAGUUAAACUGUAUUAAUUUGUUAUUUUUUAUCAACUCCAUCUGACAGAGAUGGCAGUUGAUCAAUUGACUUGAUGAAAGGACGUCUAUAAUUGUUUUGAAAUUUGAGUUGUUUGGUAACUAUAUUUCAAAUGUAUUUCCUAUAAUUUCAUAUGUCCACAUGACCAAGGACUUUUAUGUGUCCCUAUCCACAAAACAUUGACCUUAAUAUGAUAUAAUGUACUCCUCCGUCUGCUCCUGAUAAUAUUGAUCAUUAAUUUUUUUGUUGACAUUUGUGAACACAACACAUUUCAAAAGACGGUGUAGUAAAUUAGUAUGAAUCAAUAUCUUUAAAUGGCAAAUUAAUAGAAUUGACUGUAUAUUCUGCUGCCUGAUGAGUUAAGCAAAGUACAUCUCAGUCAAUAGCUUCCCUAAAUAACUAACUAGAAAAGUGUGUUGUCCACCGAGAACUUUUGGUGUAUCACUUCUCCAUGAAAGUACCACCGUGGACCAUGUAUAGAAUAUUAAUCUACCAAACUUAUCUACUGUACAUCCUCUUUUUUCUUUCCACCUUCCCUUCUCACUUUGGAAAAGGGCAUCUACGUUUCUUUCACUUCAUAACAGAGGUGUUUUUUGUGGAUGGGAAAGAGUGAGGUAAAGCAAUGUGUGGUGCCCCACCAUUCUGUGGAAUGAUCUGAACACCACACAUACUUUCCUCUCUGCUCCUGCUGUUGAAGGAAGUAGUUUAGGAGAUAAAGGUUAAAAACGCUGCAAGGAAGUGAGGAGCAACCCACACAAUGCGAGGAUUCGUGAGUUAUUGUCUGCGCUUUUGUUUUUUCUGGAACUGCACAGAGCUGUAUUUAACCACUGUUGUUGUGUUAUUUUCUUCCUUGAGGAAGUAUUUUAUAUUUUUACGAUUUCAGGAAGCUCUUUUACUUUACAAUUUGUGAUUCCUCCUCCAUUGCUCUGUUACUGUCUCUUAUGUCCUCUGACCUAUUGCAGUUGAUGGAAUGAGGGUCAACCAUCUCUUACUGUAAUUCAUUGCCUCAUGUUUCCUCAGAAAGUGUGCGAUUUCCUCUGUGAUUUCAGCACUGCUGUUCUUUUGCGUCACGUGGAGCCUAAAGACAGGAUUUCACCCCAGUAACCUUAUUUUGGACCUUAGAUAAAGAGAGCUCUUAGGGUCUCUAUAAUAUUACAGUUUCUGUGAUUAUGUGUGCAAUAGGUAUCAUGUUAGAAAUUCCAUUUCAGCACACAUUUUCCAUAGUGAUGUUGCUUUUGCGUCAACUGUUAGAAGCGAUAGGAGUGUAGGUUUGUUUCCAAAAGUGUUGACAGCUUUUUUAAAUAACUGAGUAUCAUUUUUGUAUAUCCUUUUUUACAUGCAAUGUCACAGAGGGCAACACAUAUAGAACUGCACCUAA